AUUAUAUUAUCCUCACAAAUUUGUUAAUGUGCUCCUGGAUGAUAUGUUUCCAAACCAAGAAAACACGAUAAGCAACUCCGGGAACGUUCCUGCGUUUCUGUUGAAGUUAUGGACGCUUGUUGAAGACCCAACAUGCAACGAUCUGAUAUGUUGGGAUAGUAGUGGAAAAAGUUUUCAUGUGACAGACCAAACAAGAUUUGCUAAAGAAGUUCUUCCUCAUUACUUUAAACACAACAACAUAUCCAGUUUCAUAAGGCAGUUGAAUAUGUAUGGCUUCCGUAAAGUGGGUGCUGUUGAACAGGGUGCAUUAAAGAUUGAGAAAGAUGAUGUUGAAUUUCACCAUUCUUACUUUCAACGUGGUGAACAGAAAUUAUUAGAAAACAUCAAGAGAAGAACAUCCAAUCCCAAGUCUGAUUCUAUGAAAUAUCUACAUGAUGAUGUAUCUGAACUAUUAGCUGAUGUACACACUAUCAAAGGAAAACAGGAUACAGUCACUUCUAAACUAGAGCAGCUCAGAAAUGAAAAUGAAGUGUUAUGGAGAGAAGUGGCCAGUCUUCGUCAGAAACAUUCUAAACAACAACAGAUUGUCAAUAAGCUGAUCCAGUUUUUGGUGACCCUAGCUGGUGGUAAUAGAGGUCUGUCUGGUAUGAAACGUAGAAUGCAGUUGAUGAUAGAAGAACCAGGGAGUCAACCCAGUAAUAAGAUACCUAAACUAAACAGAGCUUUAUCUAUCACUGAGACUAACCCUAAUGAUAAUUAUUCUGUUGAAUCUGUAAGUAUAUAUUAUUACUCCUAUUUUGUUUGA